AUGGACAUUACGUCCGUCACCCAACGCGAUGCGGAUGCGAGUCAGUCGAGACAAGGAAAACGGCCACGAUUCUCCCUAUUUCCCAAAGCUAUUGCAGCAGUGAAAACGGAUGCCGAAGUCGUUUCAGUUUUGCAAACUCCUCCCAUCCGGCGAUCCAGACCGUGCCAUCCGUCGAUCACUGAACCGGAUGGCAGCAUUUCUAGUCGACCCUCGUCCAUUUUGAAAGAUAAGAUGCGUCGUUUCAUGAACUUUUCUGCCUUUGAGACUGCCGGACGACCUAUUAGCGAUGCUGAUCCGUCGGAAUCGGAGACGGAAAUGGAGGUUUCUACAGCAUCGGCCAAACAAUUGCGUUUCCGUCUGCCGCAACCACAAGAUGCUGCCUCACCUCCGCUAGCGUUGGACAUUUCAGAAAUUGCGGCGGUCCCUUCGGCACAGGAACUCGAAGUCGAUGACAUGGAAGUCGUGUCGGAAGUACAGCACUCGAAUCAGCAUAGUUUUGUAGUGGGAGAAGAUUCUCAGUUUCUCAGUUUUGAAGAUGAUAGCGAAUCUGCUGCUCCUCAACCUUCUCUUCCGGAGGUUGCACAAGUCGAAGAAGCAACAAGUGAAGAACUUCAGCUACAAGAAGAGCUUCCUGGUCCAGUGUCUGUCGAGAAGGUGAUCCCCGAUGCUGAAAUUUCCAGUUGUGGCAUGGAACUAACCAACAUAGAAACCACAUCUAUCCAUCCCAUCAUUGUGUCCGAGUCGCAUGUUGUAUCUGCGUCAGUUGUCAGGGAUGAUGACGUAGAAGAGGCACCGACUUUAGCUGUUCUGGAACCCGUUGUCGCUGUCGAAAAAGAGCCACCAACACUCGCAAUUCCGGCGAUGCAACAGAUUAGUCAAAGUCAAGACACGGAUGGAUCAUCAAACGAUGAAAGCGACAUUGUAUGCCUGGAUUCCAGUAGCGAUGAGGCUGACGCAGUUGACAGUAAAUCUGUUGGAAAAGAGGAGGAAGAAGAAUUGGAAGGAGACUACGAUGAAGUUGAGGAGGAGGAGGAAGAACCGGAAGAAGAAGAAGAACUAGAAGAAGAGGAAGAAGACCAACUGGUAGCCCAGGAAGAAAUUGAAGAAGUUAAAGACGACAUCCAAGUCAUCGAAGAAGAAGAAGAGAUUAAAGACGAUGAUCAACUCGUAGAAGAAGUUGAAGACGAAGACCAAGUGGUAGAAGAAGAAGAAGAAGAGGGAGAUGAUGAAGUGGAGCCCAUUAGUGAGCGACCAGUGGAAGAAGAAUCCGACGUUGAAUCUGAAAAAUCCUCAGAGGAAGGUGACGAACCUCAGGUUGCCGCUAUACCAGAUGUUCAAGUUGAGCCCAUCUCUGAACCAGUAGAAGAUGAAUCGGAAGCUAAAGUCCCCGAACAAGCACCGCAAACAACCGAAACUGAUAAAGGACCUGUAGAUAUUUUACAAGAAGAAUCAUUCGUACCAUCAAUUAAUUUUGAUGAGGAAGAUGAAGUCUCUGAAUAUUCUCACAGUAUGGGAGGUUCAGUUGACGAAGAAGAAGAUCUGCAAACAAGAAACGAAACUCUUGAAGAUUCAUCUUCUUCUUCAGAAACCCAUCAAAGUCUUGUGCGUUCAACGGUUGGUCAUCAGGCAACCAUAUCUACCAGCACCUACAAGCAGAGAUUCACCAUGUCGUCAUCGUCAUCUUCUUCAGCAUCAGAAGAAGAAGCCAAUGAUUCAGAGGACAAUCUUCGGUUGCAGGAAGCUGCUGCAUCGCGCAAGCCUCGCAUUAGUGGCUACAGUCCAGUAGAACCAGAUUUAGAAUGUGUUUUCGAUGUAACGGAAGCAGUCGCUGUCGAACCUGAACCUACCCAAAUGGAGGAAGAGGAGGAUGAUGAAGAAAGCCAACAUGGCCGAGCCGAAGCUAGUGGCUACAGUCAAGUUGAACCUGAUAUGGACGACGUAGAGGUGAUUGAAGAUGAAGAUGUAGAAGAACCGAAAGAGUCGGCUGUGGCUGAUCAACCAACAACAGAAGAAACAAGCGCAAAUGUAAUGGAUUCAUCACGUAGUCCUGUAGCUGAAGAAGACGAAGAGGGUUGCGAGAAAAUUGAUUCGAAUGAUGAACAGAAGGCUCAAGAAGAAGCAGAGGAGGAAGAAGAAGAUUUCGAACUGAAAUUUGCAGAAACACCAAAGGCUAUUUCGACAGCUCGUCCUUCUAGUCUCCGUCGGUUCUCGAUGUCUUCGUUCGCCAAUUCCGAAUGUGUUUCAGAAGAAGAGUCUUGUCAACCUGAAGAUGAGGUCAUCGAGCCCGAAAUGUCACCUGUUGCCGAUUCGCAGAACCUUCAUUUCAAAGAUGUUGCAGAAGAAGUACAACCGAGACCCCAUGCCCAGCGCAGUAGCGUUUUCAAGAGCCGACUUCAUUUGACCGAUAGCGAAGCUUCAUCAGAUGACGAUCAGGAGGAGGUGGAAGCUCCUGUGGCUGAAACUGAGCGAACGUCCAGUCCAGUUGAGGACGUGAACGAAACAAUAACCGAAGGUAAAGUGGAAGCUGACGCCAAGGACGAAGAAACGGUUGACGAUGGUGAAAUCGAAGCUGAAAACUCUGAUGAAUCGAGUCGUUCCGAAGGUUCGACGACCGAUGAAAACUUGGAAUUGAGGAACAUUUUACAAGCCCACGAGAAAGCCAGUAGAAGACGCUCGGAAGUGAAGGGCGACCAGUUCUCUGCUCCACCAAGUUGUGAAGUGAGCCCAACGGAGAGUUCCUAUUCCGGAAGAAGUAGUGCAACUGGAACGCCGAUACGUCGAUCCGCUCGGAUAUCAGCAUUGCGCGAUCGAACGCCAGAACCGACAGCCUCGACAGAUGCGCUUUUAGCUAGUCUUGUCGGACGCAUCCGCAGACACAGCUCCGGUCCGGUAGGACCCGAUUGUCUAGUGCCAGCCUCACCUCUGCGGAGAUCUGGCCGAAAAUCGGCUAAUGUUUCACGAGACAAUUCACCGACCAAUAGUGUGACGUCAGAGCCACCUCCGGUGAGUACCAGUCGAGAAUUGACGCCCAGCCGGAGAAAACACACGCCGGCCAAAUCAUUAUUGAGAAGUGGGCAGAAAUCCGUAGCUCUCAAUUUGUUCCCUCUUGAGGAGGAGAAAGAAACAGAGUUUGCACUUCCAUUUGAAUUGCAACCCAAAAUGCAAGCCGGAUCCUCUUAUCAGGACCUUUCUGUAGCCCCAGUCGACUCGGAUGAGUCCGUCAGUCUUGACGAAAUAAGUUUGCAGAGCGAUAACACCAGCAGCGUCAAGAAAGAGAAAAAACCUCGCAGCAGGCCAUCGUCUGUUGCUUCCGGCCGUUACAAUUUGCGCCGGGCAGGUGCUGGACGACCUUCUGAACUGGAUAUCAUUUCCGAGGAAGCUGCUGCAUCUGCUGAAACAGUGACGUUGAAUCUGAAACGGGGCCGGGAAGAUGCUUCUGAAGAAAGCUCAGAUCAGGCUGGCCCAUCUCGCAGUCAACCGACUAAGGAAGGUGAAGAGGAAGAAGAGAAUCAAGAAUCAAAUGAAUCAAGUCAGAAGACGAUUCAACCAAAGCGGGUGGUUCGCAACAAAAGACGAAAGAAGACGGAAGACGUGGAAGUAACAGAAGAGCUACAUUUUGCUCCCACAUCUCGUCCACCACCCAAAAGUCUUCCAAAAAGAGAUCCUGUAAUCAAAUCCCGAACUUCGGUCCGACGUUCGAUGAGAUUAGAUAAAUAAGUUACCAACACAAAUGAAAACAGGAGAUUCAGGGAAGAUAUCUUUAGUUUUCUUUAUUAUUUUUUUUCUUUUAAUUGAUUUUUCCCGCUCAUGUUCCGUCUACUUGUUUAGUUAUAAUAUAAUGUAAUGGCUUUAUCAUUUAUCUAAGUGAAUAAAAUUAUGAUGAAUGAA